AUGAGGCCGCGGGGGGUGCUGGACAGCUGCCGACGGCCAGCUGACCUCACCUUUGAUCCCCCCCCAGCAUCUCCCCGCUGUAUGGGGCCUACCCCCCGCUCACGCCAAUUAAAUCAGGAGGGCCGAAUUAUCACGGGCGGGGGUGCCUCGCCCUCGGGAAGUCGGCCUCCCCUGAGCAAGCCGUUUUUCAAGGUGUGGCCAUUUGCGUUCGUUAGCUCGCACAGGGGAUUAUGGCAUGAGCUUACAAAGAACAAGUUGUCUUAUACAGAAAUUUAUCAGGAGUACCAAGCUCUGGUUGAAAAAUUAUUAGAAGACUAUCUUAAAGAAGUUGGAAUUAAUGAAGAGAAAUUUCAAGAAGCUUUUUCAUCUCCUCUUGCAAAGACACACACUUCACAGGCCAUUUUGCAAACAGUGUUGGCAGCAGAAGAUUUUAGACUAUUUAAAAAAAUGAUGGUACAGAAAAAUAUUGAAAUGCAAUUGCAAGCUCUUAGAAUCAUUAAAGAAAGAAAUGGUGUGUUGCCCGACUGUUUGACAGAGGGUUCUGAUGUAUUCAGUGAAAUUGAACAAGAAGAAAUGAAAAUACUGAGGGAGGUUCUAAGAAAAUCUAAGGAAGAAUAUGAAAUAGAGCAAGAAAGAAAGAGGACUGAAGAAGCACGUGAUAAACUUAAAUCACCAGAUGUUACCUACAGUUUUCCAGGAGAUUCGAGAGAAGCUGUAAAAGUUAAGGAAUCCACUGAGGGAGCUGAUGAUUCUGAAGAAACUCCAAAAUUUCCACUAGAGGAAUCUCGGAAAUCUGCGAGGGAAGACUUAAAACCGGUACGGCCAUUACAAAAAGGAACGGAAAGCUUACCUCGGCCGUCUUGUACCAAAGGGAAAGACGACAGUAAGAAAAGGUCAGCUGGAAAAUGUUCAGAAAACGCAGUGCAAAAAGCUGGGAUGAAAGGACCUAAUUUAUCAGAACUUGAAGAACAGCAGCUGAAGCAACGAGAGGACUACCUAAAGAAAAAACGAGAUAUGCUGAUGGCUACGAAGAAGGAGUCAAGAAAUAACGUAUUGUUACCGACGAACACUGACCAGAAAGAAGAGGAACCAUCUCCUGCAGAGGAAAUGUCAGAAGAGAAGCAAAGAUUACUACAGAAGAGGAAGAUGCUUGCAGAAAAACUGAAAGAGGAAGUUAUUAAUAAGCGGUAAUUUUAAGAGGCUCAUUCAGAACCCAAAAGUAUGUUUUUAGAAUAAAUUAUAUAAAUAAUAAUUGAAUGGAUUAGUUUUCCAAUACUAUGCUUAGUUUUAUAGAACUUUCAGACAAGCAACUCGGUACUUUAUAUAUAAAUAUUUAAAACUACACUGAUCGACACUACACACGCUUAUUUUCCAGAAUGCUGGAAACUCGCCGACUUUCACUGGACCGUGUUCACGGCGAGGCCAUGUAACAGCACUGCAGCAUACAGAUGUUUUGAACUACUGGCCUCAGCCACUUGGCGUCACGUAGAACAAAAGCAGAUAUGGCGACCUGUUAAAAUAAUUCCUUUGUGAACAGUCCUGAAUGAGUUAGAAAUUUUAACUUUUUUAUUUUUAAAAUUAG